AUGCUUCGGGCUGAUCUACAGGCUGGAGACCUAGUCUUGGUCAAGGGCUGCGACUUCGCCGCUCUUGCUAAAGCGGGAGUUGCUCCGGAUGCGGUUUGCACAGCUGAAGUGCUGUCUUCUACGGCUGCUGGUGCCAGGUGUAAAGUAGCUGGUGUUUCUGACAUGCUUCUUCUGCCUCCAGGACACCAAGCAGCUUCGCUUUGCGUGCGACCUGAACGUGUCAGACGGCAUGACAAGAUUGUUGUCGGGCAGUGGGUGAGAGAGCGAGUCUCUGCUUUUGAUUCUAACUCAGGUCAGAGAUGGUCCCAUGUCAACUAUGGUGCUCUCGCAGACAAAGCCACUAUUCUAUGCUAUAUCUGUGCAGUGCAUGAGCACAUCUCAUAUUUGUAUACACCUGAUGAUGGUGAGGCUUUGAAGAUAACAAAUGAAAAUGUGAGGAGGAGAAGAGUCAGCUCCAUUUGUGAAGUGAAGGUGUCGAAGUCUGAGCGACGGCUGAGCACCGAGACGAAGAACUCUGUACCAAGGCAGCCACCGCCUGCAUCACUCGCUGAAGUGCCAUGGUUGAAUCCUUUGGCCAGGGACAAAGGCAAUGUGCUCCAGUGCAUCCAGAGUAUUCUAAGGAGCCGUGGCAAGCGAGAAAAGCCCACGGAUUCACGCGACAUACACAUGUCCUUCUCAUCUUUUGAAGGUAUUACCCGCAGUGAGUAUGUGGGUACGCUGAGUGCCAUUCGCGUCUGCUACCCGCUUCGGGAGAGCUUUGAUGCCGAGUACAUGCAUGUGUAUGGAUCCUGUCCCGUGGAGCACAUGCAAAUCUGCAGUUGGCGCACAAAGGACGAGCUGGAAAGGCUCGGCAACUGGUUUGGUCAACCGAAUUUCAACAUGCACAGACGUGGGAACCGUCCAAAGCUAUGUGUUCCAAUGCCAGUGAUGUUUGAUGAGAUGAAUGUGGUGCAUCCAAAGUACUCCAGAACUCGAAUUGUUACGGUGGCAUACCAGCGAGUUGGACCGGUUGCACAAGGUACUGCACAUCACUUUCUACCCGGAGGUGACUGCGCCCCACCAGCUAUGCCAGUCCCAACUCAGCCAUCUGAGCCUGUGCAAUGCGGAGAAGAAGAGUACACUGAUGCUGUUCUCCAGGGCGAGCAAAUUGAGAUUGACUCUGGCACGUACAAGAUCAUCGAGGUCGGCCCCACCUGCAAAGUGACUCUCGUCGCUGGCAGCGGCACGCAGUCUAUCCUCAUCCCGCGCGCAGACGCCGUGAGGCGCCUCGCCUUGUUCCUCGGCCUAGCCCCUCCCCAGUAA